GAUAAUUCAGCAGCUGAGGAACUCAGUAAAGCCUGCUCCAAACUUCUCAGCUGUUGACAGGCUUGACUUGCUGAGAACACUGGUUAAAUAUAGCACAAGCGAGCUGAGCUCAACAAAGUCAUUGCUGUAACACUGUGUGAAGAGACCAGAAGAGGGGAAAUACAAUCUGAGAACUAAACUGCCAAAGCCUAACACCACCUAGCAACAGUUGAAAAAACUUUUAAACAAAAGUCUGGGUGAGACAUAGACAGAGUAUACCCCCUGCUUCUCCUGCCUGGGAUUUCUGUGAGAAGCGGCUACGGUCUUCUGUUCUCUACCCUGUUGCCUUCACCACUUCAGCUGCUGGUGGACCUAGAAAAGUGGAGAAAGUUUCUCUCUUUGUGUUCUCCUGGGCUGGAUCAGGCUACUACUGUGGUAGUACUGUGGGACAAGCUCCUGCUAUCUUGAGGUGUAAAGGAUAUAUUCCUAGGUUCCUCUUGCUCACAGGGAGCAGCAGGGACCCCAGUCAGCCUCGGGUGGGAGCAGCAAAGCAAUGGCACAGGGACACGUCCAUCCUCGACUCUCUCCUCCCGGGUCCGGACCUAGAUUCUAGCGAAGUCCGUGCUCCGGCAGCGUCCCUCGACACAGAUAGGGAUGAGAUCCCGAAACCAAGGCGGAGAAAGCUCGUCUAACGGGCACUUCUCCAGUUCCAAGCCUGUCAUCAGCCAUGCAGAGAGUGAAAAACUUCAGGAGGAUGCCAAGAAAAAGAACAAACCUCAUCGGAAGGAAGAUGAGGUCAUGGUAUCUGCAACUGUCAAACGGCCCUCAAAAUCACCUGGACCUAGUGAACGAAAGAACAAGAACUCCAUAGAGCUUUCUAAAGAGGACUUAAUAAAACUCCUCAGCAUAAUGGAAGGAGAGUUGCAGGCAAGGGAGGAUGUGAUCCACAUGCUGAAGACAGAGAAAACCAAACCUGAAGUUUUAGAAGCUCAUUACGGAUCUGCAGCUCCAGAGAAUGUACUCCGAGUGCUACACAGGGAUGCCAUCCUUGCCCAAGAAAAAUCGAUAGGAGAAGAUGUCUAUGAAAAACCAAUGUCAGAGCUGGACAGACUUGAAGAAAAGCAGAAAGAGACAUAUCGACGCAUGCUGGAACAGCUUCUCUUGGCAGAAAAGUGCCAUCGCCGCACAGUUUAUGAGUUAGAAAAUGAGAAGCAUAAACAUACAGAUUACAUGAACAAGAGCGAUGACUUUACCAACCUCUUGGAACAGGAGCGUGAGAGGUUAAAGAAACUUCUUGAGCAGGAGAAGAUCUACCAAGCCCGCAAGGAGAAAGAACAUACAAAGAGACUCAGUAAACUAAGAGAAGAACUAGUCAAGCUCAAAUCAUUUGCACUCAUGCUGGUGGAUGAAAGACAAAUGCAUAUUGAACAACUUGGACAACAAAGCCAGAAAAUACAAGAUCUAAAUCAAAAACUAAAGGAAGAAGAAGAAAAGCUUAAAAUUAUUAGUGCAAAAACAAAAGAAGAUGGACAAAAACUGAUGAAGUUAGAAACAGAACUUGAACACAGGACAUUAUCAUUUUCUCAAGAACAUGAGGAGAUGACUGCUAAACUGGCUAAUCAAGAGUCACAUAAUAGACAGCUAAGGCUUAAGCUAGUUGGGUUGACCCGUCGAAUAGAGGAACUAGAAGAAACUAACAAAAAUCUUCAAAAAGCUGAGGAGGAACUUCAGGAACUAAGAGAUAAAAUAGCAAAAGGGGAAUGUGGGAACUCUAGCUUAAUGGCAGAAGUGGAAAACCUCCGCAAGCGGGUGCUUGAAAUGGAGGGAAAAGAUGAAGAAAUCACAAAAACUGAAUCUCAGUGUAAAGAGCUAAAGAAUAAACUGCAAGAGGAAGAGCACCAUAGCAAAGAGCUGAAACUUGAAGUGGAAAAAUUGCAGAAAAGAAUGUCAGAACUAGAGAAACUGGAAGAGGCUUUUAGUAAAAGUAAGUCUGAAUGUACCCAGCUACACUUAAACUUGGAGAAAGAAAAGAAUUUAACUAAAGAUUUGAUAAAUGAGUUGGAAGUGGUGAAGACUCGAGUAAAAGACCUUGAGUCAUCAGAAAGCAAGUUGGAAAAGGCUGAAAUAAGCUUAAAAGAUGACCUUACAAAGCUGAAGUCAUUUACGGUAAUGUUGGUUGAUGAACGAAAAAAUAUGAUGGAAAAAAUAAAACAGGAGGAAAAAAAGGUUGAGGGUUUAAACAAGAAUUUUAAAGUGGAACAAGGGAAAGUUAUGGAUGUUACUGAGAAACUGAUAGAAGAAAGUAAGAAGUUUUUGAAAUUGAAAUCUGAAAUGGAGGAAAAAGUAUCUAGUUUAACAAAGGAAAGAGAUGAGUUAAUUGGCAAACUAAAAAGUGAAGAAGAAAAAUCCUCUGAACUAAGCUGUAGAGUUGACCUGUUAAAGAAAAGAAUUGAUGGUAUGGAGGAAGUAGAAAGAGAAAUAACAAGGGGUCGAGCCAGAAAAGGACCAGAGCAUGCUUGUCAUGAGGACAACAAGAUUAAAGAACUUACCAUUGAAAUUGAAAAACUGAAAAAACGUCUCAAACAAUUGGAAGUGGUUGAAGGAGAUUUGAUGAAGACAGAAGAUGAAUAUGAUCAGCUAGAGCAGAAAUUUAGAACUGAGCAGGACAAAGCUAACUUUCUUUCUCAACAGCUGGAGGAGAUGAAACUCCAGAUUGCCAAAAACAAAGCGAUAGAAAAAGGUGAAGCAGUGAGCCAGGAAGCAGAGUUGAGGCACAGGUUUCGUCUGGAAGAGGCUAAAAGCAGAGACUUGAAAGCAGAAGUUCAAGCUCUUAAGGAGAAAAUCCAUGAGCUGAUGAACAAAGAAGACCAGCUUUCCCAGCUCCAAGUUGAUUAUUCAGUUCUUCAGCAAAGAUUUAUGGAAGAGGAAAAUAAAAACAAAAGCAUGGGGCAGGAAGUUCUGAAUUUAACAAGAGAGCUAGAACUUUCCAAGCGUUACAGUCGUGCUCUGAGGCCCAGCAUAAAUGGACGGAGAAUGGUAGAUGUUCCUGUGACAUCCACUGGUGUGCAAACAGAUGCUGUAAGCAGUGAAGCAGCGGAAGAAGAAACUCCAGCUGUAUUCAUAAGGAAAUCCUUCCAAGAGGAGAACCACAUCAUGAGUAAUCUGCGCCAGGUAGGUCUGAAAAAACCCAUGGAACGUUCUUCAGUGCUUGAGAGAUAUCCUCCGGCAGCAAAUGAACUUGCAAUGAGGAAAUCUUGGAUACCAUGGAUGAGAAAGAGGGAAACUGGGGCUCAGGUAACUCCUGAUAAAGGAGCCCGAAGCCAUGCUAGUGCAGGGCAUCCUGGGGAGGUUGUCCUAUCACCAAAGCAAGGUCAACCUCUUCAUAUUCGAGUGACACCAGAUCAUGAGAACAGCACAGCUACUUUGGAGAUAACCAGUCCAACCUCAGAGGAAUUUUUUUCAAGCACCACUGUUAUUCCUACUUUGGGAAAUCAGAAGCCACGAAUAACCAUCAUUCCCUCUCCAAAUGUUAUGUCCUCAAAAGGAAAAGGCAGUGAAAGUCCGAUGGGCCCAGAUCGUUCUAUGUCUCCAGUCACUAUAACGACAUUCUCCAGGGAAAAGUCUCCAGAUGGAGGGAGAGCACCCUUUGUGGACAGACCUGCAUCACCAAUUCAGAUUAUGACAGUAUCGACAUCUGCAGCACCAGCAGAAAUCUCUGUUUCUCCACAGUCACAAGAUAUGACCAUGGGAAGGGCUGUCUUCAAAGUGACACCGGAAAAACAAACUGUUCCAACUCCAAUCCGGAAGUACAAUGCCAAUGCCAACAUUAUAACAACAGAAGACAACAAAAUUCACAUCCACUUAGGUUCUCAGUUUAAGCGCUCUCCUAGUGCUGCAUCUGAUGGUGCAAGUCCUGUGAUAACAGUCAGACCAGUGAACAUAGCAGCAGAAAAAGAAGUUGUGACUGGUACCGUCCUGCGAUCCCCGCGGAACAGUCUGUCCCCACGACCAGGAGCAAGCAAAGUGACAAGUACUAUCACUAUAACUCCUGUUACAACAUCUUCCACACGAGGAACACAAUCAGUGACAGGACAGGAUGGGUCGUCCCAGAGACCUACACCCACCCGCAUUCCUGUGUCAAAAGAGCUUUAAUUCAGGCCACAAUUUCAUUGUCACUUGAAGUCAACAUACAGCCCACCACUGGAGUCAAAUGACGUAGUCAUGUCUUUUCAUUGCAUCCAGCCAAUGAAGAACUCACUUCCACGUGGUUGUCCCUUGAGAUGGCACAGUUGUUGAAACUUAAAUGGGGAACUGAUCUGAACUAAAAGGAAUCUGGUAAAAAGCGUAAAGUCUAGUUUUAACCCAGCUUCGUUUCACUGGGGUAUUCAGACUCUGUGCCAGAAGAGUCAAGAGAGAAGUGUAGGAAACCAGGGGCUGUUCUGAAGUGACUGUGGAAUCAUGAAUGCCUCCUAGGAGAUCAAGUACCACACAAACGUAGGGGUAGUGCUGCGUAAUUUGAAAAGUUUUGGUUGAAGCCUUCUUUCAAAAGUUGGAGACUGGUCCCCCUUCUUACCAAUAUCUGAGGACAUUCAAACCCACAUUAGCUCCAACCAAGUCUGCCAGUAGUGUGGAGAACCACAGCUGAGGGGGAAGAAGGUGGCAUUCUCAUUCCCUCCUGUAAAGGCUGUGCUGUUUCACAUGGAGUGCUUCACUAUUCACCGAGCAGAAACAAGAGACUAGUUGAGUGGUCAGGGUACUGAACUAGUAGGGGGGAGCCCCAGACUCUGGUCUUUGUUCAAAAGGCUGCUUUCGAGCCUGCCUUUCUGUGAAAAGAAGGCUUGUAAGAUGACGCUGUCCGUGUUUAUCCAUCCCUCCAUCUGUCCUCCGUUGGUGAAUAAUGUUGAACCCCUCAACCAAAUUCAACCAAAUCUGAAAGCAAUAGGGGCCUCAAGAAUAAGAAGUUGCUCCGGUUUAAUGAAGAGGGCGACUGAGAAGAGGAGAAAGACCUUAACAAUGCCUGCACUGCGGGAAAGAAUGUGGCAUGAGCUCACCCUUAUACGACAUCAAAGAACCAACACAAGAGAGUGAUGUCAGAAGUGCCCCAGGGACAAGCUUUGUUCAGACCUCAGAUUUUAUUAGGCAGCAAAGAAUCAAACUGUGAGACACAAAUCCAUGGGAAAACAUUAGUGCCUCUAUUUACAGGGCUGCUUCUUGUGCAUUUUCCAUGACUGGAUUAGAAUGCAGAAACGGGGCCUUUCUCUGCCCAGGUGAUCAUCUGGAAUUACUAAUCAUCAUGUUUUCUCUCUCUUUUCCCUUUUUCUCUGUAUUAUUUUUUUAUGAAGUAGAACAGUUUCAUUAGCAAAAUGGAUCCAAACCAGAGUAAUUAUGAUGGUUACAGUAGUCUUUUGAAAGCAGGGAGAUAAGGAUUUGAAUUCCUUUAGGCAGAGGUGAAAUUUGAACCUAGGAUCCUCAUAUUAUGGUUGAGUCCUCUUGCUAUGGUAUAUUUGUAUAAGAAGGGAAAAUUUCUACCUCUUUCUCAGUCCUUUAAUAUUUUCUGAUUUUUUAAAAAUCUUGAGAAAGAGCCAGAUCAACUAACUUCAUGAGAAGAUUGCAGUCACAGCACAGGAGGGAGCCACUGGCAAUGACACCUAAAAAAGACACCUAAACUUCAGAGAAGGGCAGGAUUCGGGAUUUACAACUUUGUCCUCAAUAUUAGCCUCUUGGCUGUUUUUAGGUGGCUUCCUGCUCAGCAUGCUAUUUUUUCUGGAUCCUGUUCUGAGUUAGCACUCUCCUCGUGUGUGAUAAAGAUGAUGAGGUAUCAAAUUCACAAUUCUGAAUUCCAGUAGAUAGCCGGCUUCACAAAAGUGAGAAUAUAGUUCGAUGAGCAUUUUAAGGUAGCAGAAAAGCUGCCCUUUGCCAUUCCUACCCCGUCCCAUAAUCACGGCAGUGCCAAAGACCCAGUUUGGAUAUGGCCACUAGUGCCUCAGAAGUUCUAUCUUUGAAAAAAGUGUGACAGCAAGCCAUUUUAUGUCUCAGUAGUGUCCCGUUAUGUCUGUGCAGAGUUACGAUCAAGUCACAAGGUCUCAGCUCUCUGUGUCUGCCUGGCUCAGCUCUCUUGUUCUCUACACUGUCACAAUCAUAGAAUUAUAGAAUAAUUUGGGUUGGAAGGGACCUCUGGAGAUCAUCUGUUUCAAACCCCUGCUCAAAACAGGGCUAAUGCCAAGGUCCAGUGAAGCUGCUCAGGGCCUUGUCCAGUUGCGUUUUGAAUACCUUCAAGGAUGGAGAUGCCACAGCCUUUCUGGACAAGUUGUUCCAGUGUCUGACCACCCUCACUAUGAAGGACUUUUUCAAGUAUUUAAUCUUAAUUUCCCUUGCUGCAGUUUGUGUCCUCCUCCCUUUAACUCAGGAAGUAGGUCUGUAGCAGCUUUCAGCUAAUACAUAUUCAUGGCGACACCAGAAAGAGGGUGGCAGUGCUGCUAGCUUCUCAUUUCUGCUCCUUCCCUGGUGCGAGUGCGGGUGCAACUUCAGCUUGCCCAGGACUGGCUGAGAACUUGUCUUUGCCUUUUCGGUAGGGCUCAAUGUCAGCGGGAGAGACCCCUUGUUCUGGCUGUGUAUGGCUACAGGAGUGAUAGCUCAAACCCAGCGGUGGGAACAUACAGCUUGGGGCAGCAGCAAGGCAGAGGAGGGGGAAGAGCAUGAGCCAGUACAGAUCAGCAUAUACUGACUGAGAAGGUGCACCCUGAAUUUUCCAGUUGAUCCAUGUGAUUUUAAAUCUAGUUCCUAAUAAAACUUUUCUGCUGUGCUCUCUAGAUUGGAUCCUGUCACCUGAAUUGUUUCAUAUAUACAUACAUAUAAUGCUUCCUAAUGUAAUCAUUAGCAGUGCCUUUGAGAAAGUAUGACUGAAAAUGAGGGAGCACAGAACUUUAUUUGUAGUCCCUGGGAGAUUCCUCUCAGGUCUUAAAACAGGCUAAGUAAACAAUAGCUUGAACAAACAUGGAGAUGUUGACAUAUUUUGCCCACCUUUUUUUCCUUUUGUGACAUCCAUUAGUGUGAUUUUUCAAAGCAACAAAUAACAGUCUGUGACUCCUCUGAACAUAGAGUAUGCAUGUUACCCUCAAACCGCUUACAGCACAUAGUAAUUAGUAUCAUGUGAGUAAUCUCUCAAGUCACAUUAAUCUGGUGAGUCAUGCCAGUUAGAUGCCAAAUGAUAUGUUACUGCCUGAAAUAUGUUACACGCGUUCUCAAACAUGCUCAGUAUUUACAUGAAUAUUCAGUGAUUCUGAUCAUUUGAGGAGUGUAUCUGUAAAGAGGGCAGGCUACUGUCCUGCUGCCUUUCAGGGUUUUUUGGCAUAAGCUGCACCAGUAAGGACAAUUUUCAGACCAAUUAUAUGUUCCUAUCACACAUCAGUGGCCGAUCUCAUUGAGUCAAUUUGAAACCUGUGGUUUGCUGGCAGGAGUUCCUAUGAGCUCAUCUUUCGAACUUGUUUUCAUUUAGGGCAAUGUUUUUCUCCCCUAAGUCUGUGUGAAUUAUUCUCUUUCCCUUAAUUUUGACUGAGCUCUCUCGGGCAAAACUGUAUCCAACAUUUGUCAUUGUAGAUAUUAGCUACACUUUGAAUCAUUCUUACUACAUAGACACUAGUCUUACUUGGCUUUUUGGAAGAAUGUAAUCAGGCUUAACUGCGCUCAGAUUGAGAGCUGUCAGCUCUGAGAACAAAACGACACAGGAUCACAUCUGGAUUUAUUUGUCUUGUCUUUUGACAAGUUUCAAGUAUAAGUGAUUCUUCACUUUAAAAACUCU